CAAAACAGUCAAAACCAAACACUGUUACAACCAGUGCAGGUGUGUUUAAUGUUAGUGCAUGACUCCAUCACAGUUUUGACUGCGUAGCGAUUGUAACUACGGUGCGAUAAGAGCACACUCCCUGAUUGGUCCGGGGGGGGGGGUCGAUGGCAUGAAAAGUGGGGAAAAUCCACACAAGAUCAGGGUUCAGGGUCGUAGGAACGACGCGUCGGUGUGUGUUUUUUUUUUUUUUUUUUUGGUUUGGUCACCGUGUCCCCCGUGCGUGUCCCAGGAGAGCCGCAGACCUGAAAGAUGCACCGCUCCGCCGCACUCCUGUGCUCCUCUCUCCUGCUCCUGCUGCCCGCCUGCACCAGCAGACCGCUGUCCGUCGACGCCAUCAAGAACAACGUCAAGCUGCUGGCCCAGACCACCAUCAUCCGGAUAAAGAAGCUGACAGAUGAGUUCCGGAUAUCGCCCAACAUGGUGUUCAGCGGCCUGGAGCUGAUCCCGGACAUCACCCUGGACCGGCCCAUCGAGGGCCUGACCUCCAUCGCGGAGAACCUCAACACCUUCCAGGUGAUCUUGCUCAACCUGCCGAUGGACGGCACGGCGCAGAUCCACGCCGACAUCGUCAGCCUGCAGGGCAUCGUGCACUUGCUGGCGGCCUCUUUCAACUGCCCGCUGCAGAAGCCCGGCGCCGACAGCCGUCUGGACACUUUCCUCAAGGCCAACUCCACCUUCCACGUCACCAUCGGCAAUGUCGCCAUGGAGCGGCUGCAACGCUUUCUCAGCAAGCUCGUCAAGAACCUGGACCAGCUGAAGAACUGCUGAUUGAUCACACACAAGGGCACUGAUCGAUACUUUCGUUGUUGUUCUCUUCUUAGUUUUAGUGGUUUUUUUUAAUGUUUUUUUUUUAAUAAUUAUUAUUAUUAUUGA